CUCAGGAGCUAGCAGUUAGCAGCUAACAGUUAGCAGCUAGCUGCAGCCAAACCGUCGCGUCUGAGUCAUCACCCCGCACACACACACUGACACACGCACUCACGUGCACGGAGAGAUCGGCGAGGGCUUAUUUUCACGCACGGUGCGUGUGUUCGCGAGUGUUUUUAGUUGUACGACUUUGUGAAGUGUCUGCGUGUUAGCUCAAUGCUAAGUGCUUCCUGCAUGUUAGCUGCAGAAGCUAACUGUUUACCUGCGUGUUUCUUACUGCUAGUGUGAAUUAUUCAUGAGCCCGCCCCGGGAUUGGUUGAGUCAGCGAUAGGGGCGGGGUUAGGACGAGUUUUUGCGGAAUGUGGGGCGUUAGACACACACACACACACACACACACACUCAGGUCUAUUUGUGUCACACACACUGACUGACAGUGUGUGAUCAUAUUGGAAACAACAAGUGGACCAUUACGAUCACUGUGAUUGGCAGAUUUUUCCUGAGGCGGAGGAUGAUCAGGAUGUCAUUGGACAAAGAGACUAUCGUCUCUCAUGAGUCGCCCAACAAAACCAGCCCUUUCCCUUCCAAUGUCGCCCUAUCAGAGCAGCCACAGUUGGCUAAGACCCGCCCCCUGCAUUGUAAAAACGGCCUGCAGCCACCCAGCCACAGCCAGCCCCCACUGGCCGGCCCUCCUCCCGCUCAGCGAAUAGGAAAAAGGCGUUACUCUAUGGGCGUAGGCUUCAAGGGGCCGGCCAAGCGCCGUCGCCGCACAAACAGUGACAGCCAAUUAGAGCCUGUGCUGCCAAGUCACUUUUUGUUGGGCGGGAACAUCUUUGACCCGCUGAAUCUGAACUCGCUAUUGGAUGAAGAAGUCAACAGAACGACCAAUCAGGAGACACCAAAGUGCUCGCCCCUGCCAUCACGGGGCGGUGACCCCGUAGAGAUCCUGGUUCCGCGUGACAUCACCGACCCCCUGAACUUGAAGGGAGGUGGGGGAGAGGGGGAGGUGGGAGGUGGAGUCCUGCUGUCGCCGCUGAAGUUUAGGAGGAGGCACCGUAACCGACAUCAUGGGGGAGGAGUGGGGGGAGGAGGAGGGGGAGGUGAAGGGGAGGUGAUGCCUGCUCGACUGUUUCCCUCCACAGCUGCACCGACAGUUCCUCUGCUGACCACAGAGGGCAGUGUUUCUGCAUCUCCUCUUCCCUGUGAACUCAACACUGCCAUCACCUGCCGAGAUGACGUAGCCCCGCCCCCCAUACUCCCCAGGAGACACACGCAUCCUCCGCCAGGCCACACCCACAAACCCGGUAACCAGGGUGAUGGUCGUCAACGGAGACGGCGACGCACCACGUCGACAAGGUUAGCAGACAGCGCUACGAACACUGUCCCCGUGAUGACUGCGAUUCAGACAACUAAAUUCCACACACCACUGGUGGGAGGGGCUAAAACUGGCAGGUGCAGAGGACCUCAUCCUGGCUCCACACGGCUACCAGAAAGGAAGAAGGACAAACACCGAUACCAGUACGGCAACCACAAUCGUUACUAUGGCUACCAUGGUUUCUAUGGUGACAGGUGGGAGGGGCGCGUGGGGGCAGAGGAGGACCCGCGCCUACGUCUCCUGGAAGCUGAUUGGUUUAAAGACAAGACAGUGCUGGAUGUGGGUUGCGGUGCCGGUCACAUGACUGUUAGUAUUUCCCGCAGGUUUCACCCUGUUUACAUCCUGGGGGUGGAGCUAGACAAACGAUUGGUUUAUGCCGCCAAGCAGAACAUCAGGCACUUCCUGUCACAUGACCUGGUAGUGGAGGAGAAGAGGAGAAGGGAGGAGGUGAAGAGGGAGGAGUUUGAUCAGGCGUUCUCCCUCCUCUCCUUCCCUCUGUCGUUCAGGGUGAGUCGAGGUCCUCUCUCUGCUCCCCCCCUCCCCCCUCACCCCUCCUCUGCCUCCACCAGGUUCCCCAACAACAUCACCAUCAUCCAGGGUGACUACAUUUCACAGAGUGAGGCGUGGCCAGGGCGGGGCCAGUAUGAUGUCAUUAUGUGUCUGGGCCUGACCAAAUGGGUGCAGCUGCAGUCAGGUGACGGGGGCCUGGUCCGACUUUUCAAACGGGCCUAUCAGAGCCUGUCUCUGGGCGGAUUAUUCAUCCUGGAGCCGCAGCCAUGGAGCAGCUACAGCCACAGCAAGAGGGCAUCGGAGGCGACAUAUCGUCACUACAGGAGCGUGAGGUUGAGACCUGAACACUUCACCUCCUACCUGACGGACACUGUGGGCUUCACCUCCUACAGGCUCCUCACACACUCAGGAGAACUUCUAUUUGUACGUUUCCAGGCAGCCAGAGGCCGAUUUACCUGUUCCACAAAGGCCCCGCCCAGAGGAAGUGAUGUCACGGGAUGGAAUGUGACUGUAGCUCAGCCUGUCAUUUCGUUACCAUGGCAUCAACGUGAAACUGAUGCUGAGGAGGGAGCGGAUUGGUGGAGGCAGUUGAGCCUAUGUAAUGACUGCUUGAUACAUCACAUCAGAGAGAAGUGUGACCUCUGGUCCUGGAUACUGAUUGGACGCUUUAGAGGAAGUGACAUGUCCAGAUUCGUCUCUUCAAAAUAUUUUUGUUCUUUCAAAAUAAAGAGAAUUUAUCAGCUGCUGCUUCUCUGAGUCGUUUCAAACAGUUUUUAAAAUCUGACAUUCUUCAGGUUCACUGGAGGUAAAAAGUUAAAAAUGUU